UUAUAAUGCCUCAGUUCUCGUUUAUCGUUUCCACAAUGCUGAAGUGCAUAAUAUAACGGUAUUAGUACAGUUUCUCAUUGAAAGUUGUAUAGUGUAAUUGUGGUAAUACUUUAAAACAUUGAUUUUCCUAUCUUGGUAGUAAAAUAUUUUGCAAAAUUGAUAAAUCACCAUAGUUGUACUGUAAUGUGGAUUAGAUUGAAUAUUUAUUAAAGUUUAAAGUUGAAAAAUAAAUCAUUAUGUGGGAAUUAGUUGAAUCUGUAUUACAUUUCAAAUUAUUUUGGAUCACAUCUUUUGUGUUUGCUAUUUAUUUCUAUCUGAAAUUUGUAACUUACAAUUAUUUCAAAAAAAAUGAUAUACCAGCAGAGGAUUCAAUAAUACCAUUUGGAAGUUUAUUGCCUAUGGCCCUUGGACAAAAGUGCAUUGGUCACUUAAUCAAGGAAAGUUACGAUCGUCACAAAAAACAUCCUUUUCAUGGAUUAUACAUGCUUCAUACACCAGAGUUAAUAAUAAACGAUCCUGAUUUAAUUCGUCUUAUUUUAGUGAAAGAUUUUAAUUAUUUUCAAGAUCGUGGCUUACAUUUUAAUAAAGAGCUCGAUCCAUUAUCAGCUCAUUUAUUCUUUCUUCCUGGCGAAGAAUGGAAACAUCUGAGAUCGAAACUUUCGCCGACAUUUACCUCAGGUAAAAUAAAACAAUUUUUUCCCUUAAUGGAAAAAAUAGGUAAAGAUCUUACAAGAGAGUUGGAUAUUUGCGUUCAAAAAUCAAACACAGUGGAAAUUAAGGAUCUAAUGGGCAGAUUCACAACUGAUAUGAUUUCCUCUAUUGCAUUUGGUUUGGAAUCUAACAGUUUACAAAAUCCAAACACAGAUUUUCGUGUGUAUGGGAAAAAGUCCUUGGAUACACAUCCAGUGAAAGCAAUCUUUGGAUUCUUUUGGUCCAGAUUUCUCGAUAUUUUGAGAGUGCCUUUUACUCCUAAAGACGUUACACAUUUUUUUCAAACAGUCUUCAGUGAUGUAAUAGAUCACAGACGAAAAAAUAAUACGGUCAGAAAAGAUUUUCUCAAUUUAUUAAUUCAGCUUAUUGAUCAUGGAGAAGUCGAGCGAGAUGAACAAACGAAUAAUUCACAAAAGAAACAACAAUCUGCAAAAAUAGCCGAUACAAUUAGCAUGUCAGCAGCAUGUGCACAAAGUUUUGUAUUUUUUAUUGCGGGAUUUGAAACUUCAUCAUCAACAACUACAUAUUGUUUACAUGAAUUGGCUCAAAAUCUAGAGAUUCAAGAAAAAUUACGCAAAGAAAUUAACAGUACCUUGGGAGGUCGCAAUACGUUGACUUACGAAGAUAUACAGGGAAUAAGUUAUCUCGAUAAAGUUGUAUCAGAAACAUUGAGAAAGUAUCCAAUUCUUCCAAUUUUGAACCGUAUCUGUCUGAAAGAUUACCAAAUUCCCAAUUCUAAUUUUUAUAUUAAAAAAGGAAUGAAAAUCAUUAUCCCCGUAUUGGGUUUGCAUAAUGAUCCAAAUAUUUAUCCAAACCCUGAAGAAUUCAGACCAGAGCGUUUUGAUUCUGAUCAAGUUGCCAAAAGAAAUUCAUUUGCUUAUUUACCAUUUGGAGAAGGACCAAGGAUUUGUAUUGGAAAACGAUUUGGGCUUCUACAAGUAAAAGUUGCUUUAAUUAAAAUAUUGACAGAGUUUAAAAUUACGAUUUGUGAAAAAACUGAAAUUCCACUGAAGCCAACAAAGCGUAAUAUACUUAUUAUGCCGGAAAGUGAUGUAUUUUUAAGAGUUGAGAGAUUAAUAAAGUAAAUUUUUUUGGAA